AUGGCUCAAAAGAAAGCAGCAAUCGGCAUGGAUUUUGGUACUACAUUCUGUAGAGUUGCAGUUUGUAAAGAAGGGAAGGUAGAUGUUAUCGCAACAAUUACAUCUUGUAUCGCAUUCGGUGACAAUCUAACAGAACCAUUGUUCGGAGAUGAAGCACAAGAUCAGAUGCAUUCGAAUCCAUUGAACACGAUAUUUCAUGUUACCCGUUUAAUGGGUACGAAAAUGGCUGAUCAUGCAUUGAAGGAAGACAAGAAACUCUGGCCAUUUAAAGUUGUUUUUCCUGAUUUCGACGAUAAUGAAGAACCUAAGGUUCAGGUGCAAUUUGAUGGCGCGUCAAAGAAAUUGUCUGCUGUAGAGAUAUCGUCGAUGUUUUUAAAGAAGUUGAAGAGCAUUGCGGAAGAGCAUUUAGGAGAGAAUGAUGUGAAAGAUGUUGUGAUCAGUGUUCCGUCAUUCUUCACUGAUUUCCAAAGAAGAGCGAUGAAAGCUGCUGCGGUUAAGGCCGGGAUGAAUUUAAUGAGGAUUCUGAAUGAAACGUCCGCGGUUGCAAUCGAGUACGGUGUUCAUAGAGAAGGAUUAAAAGAUCUUGAAGAAAAAAGGAAGAGAGCACGUAUAGAUUUGAACGAAGAGUAUCACGUUAAUAAGAGAAGAAGAGUUACUGAAGAAAUAGUUAAAGAGAUUGAAGAAAACAUUUUAGUUCUUGAUCUUGGUGGUGGUGCUCUAAGUGUUGCAGUUGUGCACAUUAAAGAAGAUAAUACUGGGAGGAAAUUCAGAGUGAAAUCUGUAGCAGGGGACACUCAUCUUGGUGGAAAGGACUUGGACGAUCGCAUUAUUCGUCUUUGUAUCGAUGAAUUUACUGAUAUGUACAAAGAUGUUCGUGAUGUUUUUACAAAUUUUGACAAAGAGCAGGACGAUGCAGAGGAUGUCGCUAGAUCACUGAGUAGAUUAGUAAGUGAAUGCGAAAAGGCGAAAAUCAUUCUUUCUUCAGGAGUUGAUGCAGUGGCGAGAAUCGAAGUCGAAUCUUUCUACAACGGCAAGAAUUUGGUUUACACAUUAUCCAAAGAUAAAUUCGAGGAAAUAAGCAAGGAUUUUGUGGACAAGUGCAAGGGGGUGAUCAGGCAAUGUCUUCGAGAUGCGACACUUGAUCAAUCUGCUGUUAAAAAGGUUAUUCUCGUUGGCGGGUCUGCCAAACUUCCCGGGAUUGAAAGACUAAUGGAGUCUUUCUUAUUUGGUGGGGUUAUCGAGUUUGAAGGAAAAGGCAAAAUUCCGGAGAAUGCUGUUGCUCGUGGUGCUGCAAUCCAUGCAGCACUGUUAAGUGCAAAUGCAACGCGUAAAAAAGCUAUAAAAUAUGUACUGUCAGACGUGACUGCUUUCGAUAUCCUAAUCGAAAGUUCUUCAGGGAAGAAAACUGUGAUCCAACGGAACACGACGGUACCGGCUCAGGCAGAUGAUUUUUUCACAACUUCUUUGGAGAAUCAAAAGACUGUUGAAGUCCGUGUUUAUGAGGGAGUACAAGGAUGGGAUUACAAGUAUAAUUUUCUCGGUAUGUUCGCAAUUGGCAAUAUACCACCAGCGCCAAGAGCAUGGCCGAAGAUUGCCGCCACUUUCAAAAUUGACCGGGACGGAGUCUUGGAUGGAUUUGCCUUGGAUACUCUGGAUCCAACUGAACGUGCACUAGCAUUCCAAGACUGGUUGCCAAAUCCUUCCAAUGUUCCGUAUAGAUACACACCAGGUUAUAACGGAUAUAAGUGUGCAGUGACCAUCACCAAGGGAAGGUUCACGGAUGCGGAUCGUGCUGCAGCGGCUGAGCCUAUUAACAAUGAAGUUAUUAUCAAUGUAUCAGAAUCAUCAUAA